AACCGGCUGGCGACGACCUGGGGGGCUCGGGGGUCCCAUGGAGCCCCUUGCUCCAUCUCCGGGCCCCGGGGCCGCGCUGACAGUCAUGGACCCCUCGGUGACGCUCUGGCAGUUCCUGCUGCAGCUGCUGGAGCAACAGAGCAACGGGCACCUGAUCGCCUGGACGUCGGACGACGGCGAGUUCAAGCUGGUGGACGCCGAGGAGGUGGCCCGGCUCUGGGGGCUGCGUAAGAACAAAACCAACAUGAACUACGACAAGCUCAGCCGCGCCCUGCGCUACUACUACGACAAGAACAUCAUCCGGAAGGUCAACGGGCAGAAGUUUGUCUAUAAAUUUGUCUCGUACCCGGAGCCGGCCGGCGUGGAGGGGGCCCGGGAGGAAGGGACGCUCCGGCGAGUGGAGCCGGCACUCGCCGAGUCUCGGCUGGGGGAGGGGAGCUCCGGGCCCCCCAAGUCCUUGCGUGGGGGGGGCAUCCCCCGGAGUAGCCGUAACGAGUACAUGCGCUCGGGUCUAUACUCCACCUUCACCAUCCAGUCGCUGCAGGCGGCCCCCCCCGGGCGAGCGCCCCGCCAGGACCCCCCAGCUCUCUGCAGCGAGCCCCCGGACCUCCCCGACCUGGCCCCCGGGAAGAUGGAGGAGAUUCCCCAGCUGGAGAUCAGCAUCGAAGGAGCAGACGAGAGCGAACCCCUGCAGGUCUUUGUGGGGCCGGAGCCCCUGGAUGCAGAGCACCCCCCCCAAGAGGAUACGCCUCUGCAGGACCCGGGGCUGCGGCCGGUGGUGGUGAAAGUGGAGGCGGAGGGGUCCCCGCUCCUAGUUUUGAUCGACUCGGGGGUGAAGCAGGAAGCCCCACCUGCCGACGAGACUCCCAGGGGGACGGAGGCGGAGCUCCCGGCAGGGAAGGAGCCUCAGGAGGAGAAAGAGGAGGGAGUGCCUGGGGGGGCCCCCAGUGAGGGGCACGGCCCAAAGGGGCGGAAGCCCAAGGACUUGGCGCUGCCCUCCCUGCCCGGGCAGGAGAAGAUCAGCGCGGCCGGCGGCUCCCUGUUGGCGCCUGGCGGGGGAGCGGGCAGCGGGCUGACGCCUACCACCGUGAUCUCCACCCACACGCUAACCCCUGUCCUGCUGACCCCCAGCUCCCUGCCACCCACCAUCCACUUCUGGAGCACCCUGAGCCCCAUCGCUCCACACAGCCCCGCCAAGCUCUCCUUCCAGUUUCCCUCUAAUUCUGGUGGGCAAAUCCACAUCCCCUCGCUGAGCGUGGAUGGACUCUCCACUCCGGUCGUGCUGUCCCCGGGGCCCCAGAAGCCGUGAGUCCAGACGUCCGUCCGUCUCUCUCCGCUGCUGGCGGAGCUGGCUAGGGGAGCGCCCGUUCCGCACCUGGAUUCUUGACCCAGUCCUGCGGGACUCUUUACCAGGGCGGCUGGAUACGGCUGUGUCCUGCUUCGGACCGAGAGCCCUGCUUGGUGUCAGCGGUGGGAUGCGCCUGCUGGCUCGUUUCUAAUGGGAGCCGGAGCACGCCGCCAUUUUGCCCCUAGGGGGCGCAGUGUGGGACAUUCCCCUUGGUGCUCACUCGGCCUUGAGCCCCCCCAGGGCCUUGCAGCUCUGACCCCAUUUUUCUGGGGUCGUUGUGUUUAAUCCCAGCCCGGGUGGCUCGGGGUGUAUUUCCGACGUGGAAGGAUACGUCCCUCGGGGACUGAGGUGUGGUUCGGCCGCCAGUUGUGGGGCUGAUUUUAUUUAUUACCCAGGGCCUCCUGGCCCUGGUUUGAAACCCUCCGUUGGUGGCCUUUGUCGGCCUCCCCGUAGCCCCUCUUUGUGCGGGCUCUGCGUCGGCCAUCUUUGUUUCGAGAGGGUGGCCGCGUCGGCCAUCUUGGUUUGCUGACAUCACACCCGCCACUCAUCCCUGUGGGUCCGGUGGAGGAAGAAGUCCUGCUCUUCGCUUCUUGUUUCUUGAUUUACUUCCUGGAGGUCAAAGGUCACCUCCUCGAGUUGCCAUAGAAGCGGCAGGCAGAGGAAGUCCCGCCCUAAUUCCCUCCUGUAGGUCGAAGGUUGCCUGUUCGUCACCAUGGAAACGGCCGGGAGGGAAGUCCCGCCCGCUGAUUUCAGGGGCUGGUUCUCUCCUUGCAAAGCUUGUUUCCUUGAUUUAUUUCCUGACGAUCAAAGGUCACCGUGGAACUGGCCGCAGAGGAGUCCCACCCGUCGCCCCUUUCGUAGGGAGGGUUCCUUCAUUUGUCUCCCAUUUGUUGCCCGGGAAGUGAAGUCCCGCCUUUUGAGGACAGUCGCCAGGGGCUCCCUUGACUUCCUGCUGGCCCACGAGCUCCGCAAAGGAGGAAGUUCUGCCCUGUUUCCACUCUGCUACUUCCUGUUCAAAGUGCGCUGAUUCUGGGGAAGUGCCGAAGGAGGACGUCCCGCCUUAUUAACCUCUCAUCUACUUCCUGCAAAUCAAAGGCCACCAAUUCUGUGGACGGGGCAAAGAAGGAAGUCCCGCCUUAGUAAUGUCUCAUCUACUUCCUGUGAGUCAAAGGCCACCAAUUCUGUGGACGGGGCAAAGAAGGAAGUCCUGCCUUAGUAAUGUCUCAUCUACUUCCUGCGAAUCAAAGGCCACCAAUUCUGUGGACGGGGCAAAGAAGGAAGUCCCGCCUUAUUAAUGUCUCAUCUACUUCCUGUGAGUCAAAGGCCACCUAUUCUGUGGACGGGGCAAAGAAGGAAGUCCUGCCCUUCUCACUGCUGUUGAUGUCCUGUUAGUCCCACAGGGCCUGCACUGCGUCAUACGGGAAAGGGCUGCCUUGUCGUCUUGUUUUGAUACCAAAAUUUUCUGGGGCUGUGAGCUUCUUGCUCGAGAUAUAGAUCUAUAUUUUUGAGGGCCAUCCCAAGGGGCUGAAAUACCCGAAUGUCAUUUCUUUAGCGCCCUGCGGGAGUCCCAGCUCCUUUCUAUUUUUCAGAGAGUAUAUUGAUAUGAUUGAACUAUUUGAUCAUAUACAAAUCUACAGGGCUCGGCGCUAUUUAUCUGCUGGGCUGUCUUUUUUAAUAUAUAAAAUGGUUCUAUAUUUGAACGGGGGGUGGCUUUUACAAUGGAAGUGGGGGAAAUGGACGGGGUGGAAGUGACCUCCCUGGAUUUAGGGGCGGGAUUCAGAGAGCGAUUGGAGGCAGUAGCGCGGUGACGAGUGCUGAAUUUCUGUCCCCAUGGUGUAGAUUGGGGGACGCUGUCUCUGCUGGCGUUAAUGGAGCAAGACUCCUGUGUCAGGGAAGGUGGCGUCAGCUGAAUGGGGGUAGGAGGAGGGUGUAAUUGGACGGCAAUUGUUGGCCAAUUAGCGAGAUAACAGGGCCAUGGCCAACAGAUCCCUUUGUGCUUGAAAGACAGUGUCGUCCCCCUCUCUGGGGUGACCCUCCUCCUUCCCCUAGGGGCGGAUUUGAACUGUCGCAAUCAUGCUGGUUUGCACUGGGAAGGCCCCUCGGCUCUGGCCGUCUCCGCCUGGUGCAUCAGCCACUUUGGACGACCUGUGAGACACGGGCGAGGCUCCCAGGAACGGCUUCCCGGAGACUGAGCUGGGCCAAACCCAUGCACGAGCCAUGCCUGAGCCUGGAGCCAAGCACGGAGAGGCCAGGAGGCUGCCGGGGAAUGGGCUCCAGCGACGCCGCAGCUGAGACGCAAACGAUGAGUCGAACACGUGCUGUGAGGCCAACAUGGAUGAGCCAUGAAUAAAACACGUGCAACAUGUGAGUAAACCACAAGUAGCCCACAUGUAAACCAUGGAUCAAUCACGUGUGAAAAUAGGAGAAAGUCAUGAGUAAGCCACGUGUAACCCAUGAGUGACCUACAAGUAACUCACGAGCAGAAGACGUGCUGCCGAGUGUUGGCCAUGAGCAGACCCCAUGUGCUCUCUCUGCUGGCUCGCUGGGUUUUCAGAGCUGUUCUCUGCUGUGAGGGAGAGGCCCUGGCCCUGUUUUUACCCCCCUGCGCCUCCCCCACAGGGGUUGCCAGCUGCCACACCCUAGUGCAGCCACCGUCCCAAAGCCGCAACGUGGGGCGGUUGAGCUGUUUAGUUUCCUGUGGAGCAAGGACGGAGCUGUUGGGGGGGUGACUGGAGGGAGGGCCAGCGGAGACCCGGGCCUGGCUGGCGACUGACGUGGUUUGGAGAUUUCCAGCCUGGGGAAUUUAUCUAACCAUGUAUUGACCAUUGGGCCAGAAUGGGGAUUGGAGCCGGGCAUCGUACCAUGCAGUGUGGGAGUGGAUCCCGGGAUCCUACCGUGCAGUGUGGGAGUGGAUCCUGGGAUCCCAGGUACCAUGUGGGAGCUGAUGCCGGGAUCCUGUUGUGCCAAAGUGGAGAAGAUCCCAGGAUCCUGCCGUGCUGGAGUGGAUCCAAAGGCAGCAGCCCUCCCCAUCUGUUCUUCCCGUGUCCCUGUCUCUGCCUUGUUAACCCCCCCCCGUCUGUCCUCCCCCAGGGUGGGAGGGGGCCUGCUCGGCGUGACGACUCCCCCUCGUGACCUGCCCUGUACAUAAAUCUAUUUUUAAACGAU